AUGCUCACCAUCAGUCUGUAUCGCGAAUCGGAUUCUGUCUGCAAAGAGGGCACAGGAAAGUCGAAGCCAAAGCUCGGCUCGAAGGCCUCCAAAAAGGCGCAAAGUCAACUUAUCGGUGAGUUUUCUGCUUGUCUAUUCAUUUCAAAUAGCCACAUUCAACUAAAAAGUCAAGUUGACAGAAUGGCGAAAGGGUAG